AUGUCAGGUCCUGCGAUUGAUAUGUUUUAUGAUGAAAAUUCUGAACAAAACAUUGAGAGUUCAGAUAAUUCCACAUCAGUGGUUGUAGAUUGGCUAAACCAAGCAUCACUAGCUGAUACAACUGAAAAAGUGACUUUGAUAAAAAAAAUUCAAGAAUAUAUAUUACAUAAAGAGCCCAGUUUAGCAAAGACUUAUUGGAUAACAUACUAG